AUGUCAAAACUAUCGUCUUAUCCUCAUGCCGCCGAUUUUAUAAAUAUGGAAGAACCGCCAAAAUCUAAAGAGUUUUUCGAUGAUCUUUGUGCCGUCCCUAAUUUACUCAAAAGACGUUUUCCAAACUCUCGAAGAUCGACGCAUUAUUGUGAGGCUUUAAAUUAUUCUAGGAAAAAGCUUCCUGUUGUGUUGUCUAAAAUGACACUGCAAGAGUUGAGGCACAAUAUGUCAACAUUUUUUUUGCAGGAAAAGGAUCAAAUAAAUAUUUAUGACACCUGUAAGGUGAUAGACAUGGGGGACCGUGUCUUGCUCGAAACUAUGCCUCCACAGCCAAGAGAUUUAUUUGAAAAAUUGCAUGCAAGUAAAACAAAUUUAGUAGUUCAGACAGCAGCUUUGGAUGAACCCCUACUUACAGUAAAAGCAGAGCUACAGUCAUCUUCCUUUCCACAAAAAUCAAGCCUAUUUCUGUAUGAGGAUUAUAAAAAAUUUAUUUAUCAACAACUAGAUAUGUUUAGUUAA